AUGCCUCCAAAGCGCAUGACGGCAAACCCCGUCAAGCCGUCUCGCCACAGAGCCGGCAAGCCCUCCGGCGCCGACUCCUCCUCCGACUCAGACGCCAGCGACGCCGACGAGCCCGUCGAGCCUGUCGCCGUGCCCCCUCCCCCAAAGGCCACCAGCGCCGGCAAAAUCAUCAGCAACCUGAACAAAGUCGACCUCAAUUCCCGGCGUAAAGAUGCAGAAGCCGCCGAGGCGCGUCGAAUAGCCGCGGAAAAGGCUGAGAGGCUAGCGGCGGAAGAAGGCUUCGUUACCGAAGAAGAGGAAGAGGAAGACGACGAGGAGGAGGACGAGGAUGAGAGCGAGUCGGGAGAGGAGGAGAGUAGUAGUGAAGAAGAAGCGCCGAGGAGAUUAAUGAUGCGGCCGAAAUUCAUACCGAAAAACCAACGAGGCGCCGCCGCACAGGACUCGGAAAAGGAACAAGAAGCCGCCAGGCAAGCCGAGGAGGAAGCCCGGAAAAAGGCCGCCGAUGCGCUCGUCGAGGAGCAAAUCAAGAAAGACCUCGCUGCGCGCGCCGCGGGCAAGAAGCACUGGGACGACGAGGAGAACGAGGAAUCUGACGUCGACACCACGGACGGGCUGGACCCGGAGGCGGAAGAAGCAGCCUGGAGAGUGCGCGAGCUGAAGCGCCUCAAGCGCGCCCGCCAGGCCAUCGAAGAGCGCGAGAAGGAGCUCGCGGAAGUAGAGCGCCGCCGCAACCUCACCGAGGAGGAGCGCGCCGCCGAGGACGAGGCCUACAUCGCGAAGCAGCAGGAGGAAAAGGAGGGUAAAGGCAAAAUGGCGUACAAGCAGAAAUACUACCACAAGGGCGCCUUCUUCCAGGAGGAGACGGCCGCCGCGGGCCUGCUCCAGCGAGACAUCAUGGGCGGCCGCAUACAGGACGACGUGCGCAACCGCGAGGCCCUGCCCGAGUACCUACAGCUGCGGGACAUGACCAAGCUGGGCAAGAAGGGCGCGACAAAGUACAAGGACAUGCGGAGCGAAGAUACUGGCCGGUGGGGAUCGUUUGGUGGGGAUAGGAGGCGAGAUGACCGUCGUCGGUAUGACAGUGAGGACGAUCGGUUUCGGCCGGAUGACGACUGGAAUCGCAGGAAGAGGAGUACGUCUCGUGAAAGAUAUCGUGAUGACGGCGACAAGAGACGCAGAGUUGAUGAUCGAGAUUGA